UCCUAUCUCAUAUUUGGUCAUCCCCUCUUAAUUUUUAGAGUAACUCUGGCUCCUUCAAACAUGGGUUUGCCUCUUGGCUUCUCAUCUUUUUUUCUCUCUCUCUUGUUGCUCUUCCCUGCAUUAUGUACUUCCCAGGACACCUUUGUAUACUCAAGGGCAACCUACUUUGGCAGCCCUGAUUGCCUAGGGAACCCAAAAGGAGCAUGUGGGUAUGGUGACUAUGGACGAACAGUCAAUGAUGGAAACGUGGGAGCCACCUCUAAGCUCUGGAAGAGUGGUGCUGGCUGUGGUGCAUGCUACCAGGUUAGGUGCAAGAUCCCACAAAAGUGCACCGACGAAGGGGUGAACAUCGUUGUCACUGACCACGGCGCAAGUGACAAUGCCGACUUCAUCCUCAGCCCUCGCGCCUUCACAAAGAUGGCUCGUCCAAACGUGGCCUUAGAUUUAUUAGCCUAUGGUGAAGUUGACAUUGAAUAUAAAAGGAUCCCAUGCCAGUACCCAGGGUACAACCUUAUGGUUAAGGUCCAUGAACAUAGCAAGUUUCCUGAAUACUUGGCCAUAGUUUUCAUAUACCAAGCUGGCCUAUAUGAUAUUGUUGCUGUUGAGAUAUGGCAGGAGGAUUGCCAGGAGUGGAGGCCAAUGAGGAGGGCAUUUGGCACAGUAUGGGACACACCAAACCCGCCGAGAGGUAUGCUUACCGUGCGGAGCCAACUGACCGGAGGCGCCGAUGGUCCAAAAUGGUUGCAGACGAAUAAUGUGGUUCCUAGUGAAUGGAAGGCUGGGGUUGCUUAUGACACUUCAGUUCAGCUUACUUAAAAACUACUUUGGGUUACCUACCUACUUCACAGUUGGUGGGAGAAUGUUUAGUUCUACUAGUACUGCUUAUUUUGUUUCUUAUAACUAAAUAAGACAAUAGUAUUUAUUUGUAGCAAGUCACUAUCAGCAAAGUGCUCUCACUUUGCUUAGUAAAAAGGGUUUUUGUUUAUGUACUUAAUUUGCUUAGUGAUGGCGUAAUGAUAAAGUUUUUGCUUCCUUUUUCUUUGUA